GGAGAUCUACAGAACAGGCAGACUACACAGCUAUUUCAAGCAUUUAAAUCACAUGGGCUCAAGAACAUUUUAAUAAACCACGUCUAGCACACGAGCCAACAGCGUCUCCUUAAAAUACAACAGCUACUGAGGAGAAGCAACGUUGCAGGAAAGCAACUGGUUCUAACUAAAAAGAUAACUUUAUUUGCCAGCAGAGAUGUCAGACAGAAGUCCCUUCGAAACAGAUAUGUUAACCCUUACCCGAUACGUUAUGGAAAAGGGACGACGCGUUAAAGGCGCUACAGGGGAGCUGACACAGCUGCUCAACUCAAUGCUGACUGCCGUGAAGGCCACCUCCUCUGCAGUCAGAAAGGCAGGCCUCGCCAACAUGUAUGGAAUAGCAGGAACUGUGAACGUGACUGGUGAUGAAGUGAAGAAGCUGGAUGUGCUAUCCAAUUCUCUGGUUAUUAACAUGCUACAGUCCUCCUAUGGCACCUGUGUCCUAGUCUCAGAGGAGAAUAAAGAUGCCAUUAUCACUCCACAAGACAAGAGGGGUAAAUAUGUGGUGUGCUUUGAUCCACUAGAUGGUUCUUCCAAUAUAGAUUGCUUGGCAUCAAUAGGAACGAUAUUUGCUAUCUACAAGAAGACAACAGAAGAGGAGCCUUCUGAAAAGGAUGCCUUGCAGCCAGGACGAAAUAUUGUUGCAGCAGGCUAUGCCUUGUAUGGCAGUGCUACGCUGGUGGCUCUUUCUACCGGGCAAGGAGUGGACUGCUUCAUGCUAGAUCCGGCCCUUGGUGAAUUUGUUCUGGUGAAUAAAGAUGUGAAAAUCAAGAAGAAAGGGAAGAUCUACAGUAUCAAUGAGGGUUAUGCCAAGUACUUUGAUCCUGCGAUGACCGAAUAUUUACAAAGGAAGAAAUUCCCUGAGGAUGGCAGUGCCCCCUAUGGCUCUAGAUAUGUGGGCUCGAUGGUGGCUGAUGUUCAUCGCACCCUGAUGUAUGGUGGGAUAUUCAUGUACCCAGCUAACCAGAAGAGUCCUAAGGGAAAGCUCCGUCUCCUUUAUGAGUGCAACCCCAUGGCUUUCAUCAUUGAGCAGGCUGGUGGGAUGGCUACCACAGGGUCUGAGCCAGUGCUGGAUGUGAAGCCUGAAUCUAUUCACCAGAGAGUCCCAUUGAUUCUUGGUUCCCCAGAUGAUGUGCAGGAAUACCUCGCUUGUGUGCAGAAACACCAGAAAAGCAGUUAAUGGCAUUCACACACCAGAUGUUCCUCCCACACCGGCUACAUCACUUUCCAGAAAGAGCAGCAAUCAGAAGACUUUGGUUUCCGGGAUAUC